AUGAAUUUCCAACCCACUGACUAUUUGGCAGACUUGAACCUCGAGUUCGACGCCCCAACCAUGUCUCCCAUUGAGGAGGUGAACAAGGCCGACCUUGAUCUCUUCACCCAGACCGAGUUUUUCGAUUUGGAUGUGUUUUCAAGCGACUUGGCUCCUCAAACCAAGGAACAACAACUCCAGCAACACCUCCAGCAACAGCAACAGCAACAACCCCAACAACAUCAACAGUUGGCGGCCAAAGUUUCUGCCGCUUCGCCACAGGUGAAAACCGAGUAUUCCCAGGAAGUGAGACAUGGCUCCGUCGAUUCGGAGUACCAGUUUGUGGACUUUGCUUACAAUAUGUCCACGCCAUCUGCAGUGGCUUCAUCUGUUCUUCUGGACGACGCUCCUCAGGAAGACAUCAACGAGAUCAAGAGAAAGAGAAACACUGCUGCCAGUGCUCGCUUCAGAAUCAAGAAGAAGUUGAAGGAGAAGCAGAUGGAACAGCAGGCCGCGGAGUUACGUGACCGCUUGGCUUUCUUGGAAAAGAGAUUGAAAACUCUUGAAAUGGAAAACAAGUGCUUGAAGCAGCUCAUGAUCGAGAAGAACGAGAAGAAAAACAGCGAUCUUCUCGAGAGCAUCAAGAAGAGAUCUCUUGUCGAGGGGGAGGACAAGAGCACAAACUAA